AUGGACUUCUCAAAUACUUCGAACCUCAACAGCACUGUGAAAUCACAGACUCUUUUCUGCUACGAGUCUUUGAGUGGAUCGUGUGUGAGGUUUGCUCGACCCCUGAGCGUUCAGGUUCCGAUGUUCACAUCGAUGCUGUUGGCCAUACUGGUGACUGUUAUUGGGAACCUUCUGGUCAUCACCUCCAUUGCACACUUCAAACAGCUUCAAACCUCCGUAAACCAACUGCUCGUCUCCUUGGCUGUGUGUGACCUCCUUCUGGGAGUGUUUAUAAUGCCUUGCAGUGCUGUGCGCUCUGUCCAGGGCUGUUGGUACCUAGGAGGGUUUCUGUGUAAGCUCCACACCAGCACUGAUAUUAUGCUGAGCACAUCCUCCAUCUUCCAUCUAUCCUUCAUCUCCAUUGACCGUUACUUUGCUGUAUGCAGGCCACUGUCGUACAGACUGAUCAUCACCAAUAACACUGUAUUGAUCAUGAUCACCACCAGUUGGCUGGUCCCUGCCAUUUUUGCUUAUGGAAUGAUCUUCCCUGAGAUCAAUCUGAAAGGCAGGGAGGAUUUCUAUGAAACACAUGUCAAGUGCAUUGGAGGCUGUCAGGUGUUCUUUAGUCCAGUGGCAGCUUUAGUAGUAUCCUCCUUCUGUUUUUAUAUCCCAGGCAUGAUCUUGAUUUGUAUAUAUUCCAAGAUAUAUUGGGUUGCCAGGGCUCAGGCCAGGUCCAUUAAAGAUUUAUCUCGUCAGUUUAAAGAAGCAGACUCUGGACGUAGAGAGAGACGAGGGGCAAAUAUUCUGGCAAUAGUAGUGGGAGUGUUUCUAAUCUGCUGGAGUCCCUUUUCCUUGUGCCUCAUCAUUGACCCUUUCAUACAGUACUCCAUUCCCCCGCUGUUGGGGGAUACCCUGGUUUGGUUUGGAUAUUUGAACUCUGCUUUUAACCCUAUUGUCUAUGCUUUCUUUUACACUUGGUUCAGAAGGGCUUUGAGAAUCAUCAUCAGUGGUCACAUCUUUCACAGAGGUUCUUGUAGAUUUAGAUUGUAUUCUGAGUAA